AGUCAUUCACAUGGUGUCCCUAUUAGUUUUCACAAUCUUUGAUUCCCUUGAAAGGUAUUUUAAACCAAACUAGAGUUUUAAGUUGAAUUGCUGAGUUAUGUUGCUAUAGGCAACGGUACUUAAACAGGUGCACAGUUCAGUGUCCGAGCACAACAUAAACCCGUUUGGCCUUAAAAACGUCCCAUACUUACUUAGAGACAAACUUUACAGACAAACGUUACAAAGGCUGCUUCUAAAUUCAUUAUGACUGACAUUAACACGUCUAGCGAAGUGAAAUGUAGCGACAGAAUCCGAAAUAUACCGAAGGCUGGGAAACUAAUACCUACAGGAGACAGUGUGAAAAUCUGUUUACGAGAAGUGGAAAGACCCACGACUCCACCGGUGGUGAGGAAAUUCCGCAAUAGCAACCAGCCCGGACCAGGAACUAUCAGAGUCCACACAGGGAAGGCAAAUGACCCAGAUGUUGCCAGCACUCUUGUUCAUGGUGUCAUCACCAAAGCACCCCUCACUGGUGAAAGGUUGCUAAAUCCUUCCCCAAAGACCGUGUUCCAGCAGAAGUUACAAGAACUUAGUGAAUCUGUAUAUGCCUCAAAUAAGAAGGCUCCUCUGGGCAGAUCAUGUGGCCAACGUUCUGAACUCCCCCCACUGUGUAAUGAGAAAACUACAUUUGGUGUAAAAAUAGUGAAAGGUUUGGGUGUGCGUGAGAUUAUUAACCCUGCAAAAACAGCACAGGAGGUAAAGAGGGAAGCUGAGGUGGCACAUGAUGCUUACAUCCGUAGCCAUAAUUCCUAUUUUGUUGGUGAACAAAUUAAUAGAAAGUAUGACUGGACUCAUUACAGUAAAGAUAGCAGGUUUGGGAUCCUCACACCUCAUUUCAACGAUGGCCGUAAUCUUGGCAAAACUCUUCACUGGCUGGGGGAAUCACAGAAGUUUUACAAUCCAGCUGCUUGGAAGAGAUCUGGGAACAGAGACAAGAUAGCACAACAAAUGGGCAAAACCAUCGUCAUGAGAGAAAAAAUGUUGCCUGUUCCGCCUGAUCACACGUUUGGAAUGGUCUUACCACCGGAUGAUUUUGGCAUUGGAGAGCUGAUCUACUCCACAGAUCCACGGCAGUACACGAGAGGCCCAGACAGACAGCGCACCCUGGUGAAUGCAGUGAGGCAUCACCUCAAGAAGGUCAACUUUGAAAACUUCCCCUCCUUGCUAAAGGCAUUCAGACAUUAUGACAAGAAAGGAAAGGGGAUGAUUGACAAAGAGGACCUGCGGGCAGUGUGCCAUCAGUUUCAGCUGAAUGUCAGUGAGUCGGUCCUGGAUGACGUGAUGGACUACUGUGACACAGACAAGGACGGGCUUAUCAACUUUCUGGAGUUUGCCAACUUUCUCAACUGGAAGGACAAGAUGCCCAUCAACAGUCGAGAGCAGUGCAUUAUUACAAAUGAGCGUCAAACCAGCUCAGCUCCAGGUAACAUAGAAAGAGUGACAGCACAGCUUCCUGCCUGUCGGGCCUUGAUUGAGCCUGAGGAAUUGGAGCCUGUUGAGCCAGGCAGCUCACUGAAAACUGUUAGAAGCCUUAGGCAGACAAGGGCAGCCCCAGACCACUUCAGAACUACCUCCUCCCUCAUCGGGGCUGCAGGUGCUGGUCGUUUCCCAUCAGAUGGACGUACGUACGGGAUCCCAUCUGUGCGCUCAGAUCUUCCAGCUCCUCGCAUUAAAAGAGUCGGUGACAAAAACAAUUAUGGCGAUACGUCCACAGCUGCAGAUCUUCUACAUCCAUCAGUUCAUGCCCUGCAAGGUGUUUAUGAGGAGCAUUUCUUCUGUCCUCGCAGCAAGGAGGAGAUUGCAACGAUCUUCAGGAAUGCUGGUGUGAAUAUUUCUGAGGAGACGUUUGAGGAAGCCUGGAAACUCGCGUCAAUGAAGCAAGCAACCAGGGAGGUUUGUGUGGAGAAUUUCCGCAACGUUCUCAGGGAAAUAAAAGCAAUGUAAUACUGAA